AUGGCAACUUCACUUCUAGGGGAAGAACCGAGGUUGGGAUCCACUCCUCUGGCCAUGCUUGCUGCUACCUGUAAUAAGAUCGGCAGCCCCAGCCCGUCUCCCUCCUCCCUGUCGGACAGCUCUUCUUCCUUCGGUAAAGGUUUCCACCCCUGGAAACGCUCUUCGUCCUCCUCCUCCAGCAGCUGCAACGUAGUGGGUUCCAGUCUCUCCAGCUUCGGCGUGUCUGGAGCCCCCCGGAACGGCGGAUCGUCCUCCGCAGCAGCAGCGGCGGCGGCGGCGGCGGCGGCGGCAGCGGCCCUGGUGUCCGACUCGUUUAGCUGCGGCGGCUCGCCGGGCUCCAGUGCCUUCUCCCUCACCUCCAGCAGCGCCGCAGCCGCGGCCGCGGCAGCGGCAGCCGCCGCCUCCAGCUCGCCCUUCGCCAACGACUACUCCGUGUUUCAGGCGACGGGCGUCUCGGGGGGCAGCGGCGGCGGGGGCGGCGGCGGCGGCGGUUCCGGGGCGCACUCACAGGACGGUUCCCACCAGCCGGUGUUCAUCUCCAAGGUGCACACGUCGGUGGACGGGCUGCAGGGCAUCUACCCGCGCGUGGGCAUGGCGCACCCGUACGAAUCGUGGUUCAAGCCCUCUCACCCGGGCCUGGGCGCCGCGAGCGACGUGGGCUCCGCGGGCGCCUCCAGCUGGUGGGACGUGGGCGCUGGUUGGAUCGACGUGCAGAAUCCCAACGGGGCGGCUGCGCUGCCUGGCUCGCUGCACCCGGCCGCCGGGAGUCUUCAGACGUCGCUGCACUCGCCGCUCGGAGGCUACAACUCGGAAUACUCGGGCCUGAGCCACUCUGCUUUCAGCAGUGGCGCUUCGUCUCACCUGCUCAGCCCGGCGGGCCAGCACCUCAUGGACGGCUUCAAGCCGGUGCUGCCAGGCUCUUACCCUGAUUCGGCCCCGUCGCCGCUGGCCGGCGCGGGCAGCUCCAUGCUGAGCGCCGGGCCCGCGGCGCCGCUGGGGGGGUCCCCACGCUCGUCCGCGCGCCGCUACUCUGGCCGUGCCACCUGCGACUGCCCCAACUGCCAGGAGGCUGAGCGGCUUGGCCCCGCGGGGGCGAGCCUGCGGCGCAAGGGGCUGCACAGCUGCCACAUCCCGGGCUGCGGCAAGGUCUAUGGCAAGACGUCGCACCUGAAGGCGCACCUGCGCUGGCACACGGGCGAGCGGCCCUUCGUGUGCAACUGGCUGUUCUGCGGCAAGCGCUUCACACGCUCUGACGAGCUGCAGCGGCACCUGCGGACCCACACGGGCGAAAAGCGCUUCGCCUGCCCGGUGUGCAACAAGCGCUUCAUGCGCAGCGACCACCUGAGCAAGCACGUGAAGACGCACAGCGGCGGCGGCGGAUCGGCUGGCUCCAGCGGCGGCAAGAAGGGCAGCGACACCGACAGCGAGCACAGCGCUGCGGGCAGCCCGUCUUGCCACUCCCCUGAGCUGCUGCAGACCCCGGAACCCGGCCACCGCAAUGGCCUGGAGUGA